CCUCGGUCAUUAUUUCCGUUCCGCUGUUGCCCUUCUAAUUUUUUCUCGAAGCGCCGCUGCUCCCUAGCCACUCAGGAAAUCCUAUCGCAGAUCCCUUAGCAGAGAUUAAUUUUGAAAAAAAUUAAACGAUAGCAAAGGAUUGCAGAAGAUUGCAGUUGGUGUCUAUGGAUACUAUCGUCCACGCAGCACUAGAAGAGAUAUGUUCCCGGGGAGUCACCGGCCUUCUUCUCUCUGAUCUCUGGUCCAAGUUGCAGCCGAUACUCAAAACUCAAGCUUUAACUCUGAGCCCUAAAUUCAAGAAGCACUUAUGGGCUAACCUCCUCGACAUUCCACACCUCCAAUUUGAGUCCAGUGGAAUCAAAUAUGGGCCUCACCAUGAUCUCAUUUGCUCUGUUGAAGAUUCCGAACGACUCAAUCUGAAAAUUGUUGCACCUGAGCAUCUCCGAGAUAGCUUCGUCGGGAUAUACGAUGCGGAUGCAUCAGAUACAAAAAUUUCGCCUUCACAGCGCUGUGUUCUCGAACGCCUAGCCAUUGCCAGAGGUGAUGGAAUUACACAAAAUGAGCUCGCAAAAGAAUUUGGCAUUAGUGGGAAUGUCAUUUUCUACACAUUGAAGAAACUAGAGAGCCGUGGAAUGAUUGUAAGGCAGUCCACAAUUGUUAAGGCAAAAGAACUUUCUAAUGCAGACCAGUCAAAGCAUGCUCCUGCUGUUAACACCAAUAUGGUCCACUUGUAUCGCUACGCAAAACAUUUGGGUUGUCAAAAAAGGCUUGAAAUCACCAAGGAUAAAUCUUUGGCCGGCAAUGAGAGUAGCAUAGGAAAUGCUGCAAGCAGGGACUGUUUUGCUGAAGAUUCAACUAAAGAGGAUGUGCACAUUAGAGAUUUUCUGCCUGCACUAAAAGCUAUAUGUGAUAAGCUUGAAAAAGCCGAGGGAAAGGCAUUGGUUGUUUCGGACAUUAAGCGGGAUCUUGGUUACCAAGGAACCAGCGGGCAUAGAUUGUGGAGAAAUAUUUGCCACAGGUUGAAAGAGGCCGGUAUGGUGGAGGAGUGUUGGACUAAAGUGGAUGGUAAAAUAAGUACGAAGGAAGUCGUUUGCCUGCGCCUGUUGAAGGAGUUUUCACCAAAGCAUUUUGAGCCAAAAUCUCGUGCACGUGACAGUGAUGAUCUUCUCACAGAACAACCUACAAAAUUGGCAAGGAGAGGCCAAAUUACAGACCAGCUUGUAGAGCUCCCGAUUGAGCAUCAGAUUUAUGAUAUGAUUGACACUGAAGGAUCUAGAGGGUUGCAGAUCACUGAAGUUUGUAGAAGACUUGGGAUAAACAGCAAGCAGUACUCUGGACGAUUUCGUGAUGCAUUUUCAACACUUGGGAUGCAUCUAGAGGUUGAACGUCCUAAUAGAGGUCUUGCUUACAGGGUCUGGACUUCGAGAAACUGCCAUUCUGAACAACCAAAUGUAACUCCAGACAAAGUCAUGAAAGGAAAUUCAGAGGGUAGUUUACUUGUAAUGGGCCAGCACACUGAAGAUAUAAGCGCCUCACUUUCCAGUGACUAUUCUAAAGGUAAUGGUGAAAAUAGUAUCACAGAAGUUGAACGUGAAGGUCCUAGUAAUCUAAUACUGGACGGGGAGGGUAGCUCAACCUUACUCUCUUUGACUAAAUCCCAGAACUCAGAACCAGAAACAAGCCAUACAGUUCCAGAUUCAGGGCUACAUAUAGUGAGCUCAGAAUCAUUUGAUGCUGGUCAAGAUGAAACACUUCCCGUCGCUGUAUCUAUACCUUCCAAACGCCGAUCACAUCAGAGGUAUCCAUGUCUUACAGCAGUUGCUAUCAAUGCACAGAGGGAACAACGGAUACUUAAGAUGUUGCAGGAAGAGAAGUUCCUUAUAAAGCCUGAUCUACAUAGACGGCUUGAUAGCCUUCAGAGUAGCAUGAUGGACAGGAAGACCUUAGAGCGGUGUCUGAACAAGCUUCAGGAAGAAGGGCAUUGCAGAUGCAUUCAUGUUAGUGUUCCUGUUCUCACAAACUGUGGCCGUAACCGCACCACGGAGGUGGUCAUGCACCCAUCGCUAUCCCGAACUCCUGAAGUCCUGGGACAAAUUCACGAGAAGCUAAGGUCUUUUGAAAGACAAGUACGCAGUCAAUCUCGGUUGGAAAAGGGGCAAAUGACUCCUAAACUGAAUGAUGUUCAGAGAAUCCCGAAAGGAGCAAAAUUGGACAGCCAAACUGAGAAAUUAGAAUUGAUGCGUGCUAAUGGAUAUGUUAUGGCAAAGAUGGUUCGAACAAAGCUUCUUCACAUUCACUUGUGGGGUUACAUCUGUAAUUCACCUGGUUGUGAUGAUUUUUUGUCAUCAUGUAAGCAAGGAUAUGACUUGAAAAAUCCACACAGUACUUGUAAGUUGAUCGAUUUAGAUGCUGCAAUCAAAGCGAUGCCGCUUGAAUUGUUUUUACAGAUUGUAGGCUCCACUCAGAAAUUUGACGACAUGAUAAAGAAAUGUAGGAAUAGUUUGUGCCUGUGUGAUCUAUCUCCACAGGAGUACAAAUGUUUAAUGGAUUUGCGAGCAACAGGACGGUUGUCAUGGCUAAUUGACAUCUUACAACGUUUAAAGUUAGUUCGGCUUGUUAGUGGUGAAAAAACAGAAGAUAGAGCUGACAUCUCUCAGACAACUCUUACUUAUUCAUUGGAGAUAAGACCUUAUAUUGAGGAACCUGUCUCUAUUGUUGCAUCAUCUUAUGAUUUCUUUUCGUAUGAUCUUCGCCCUCAAGUUAGACACGAUUUUGUCCUCUCUAGAAUAAGAGCUGUUUAUGAAUACUGGAACACGUUAGAGUAUUGUUACGCUGCUACCAAUCCUAAGGUUGCAAUUUAUGCAUUUCCUGGAUCUGCAGUUCAUGAGGUGUUUUUUUCUAGAUCAUGGGCUUCAGUCAGGGUAAUGACAGCUGACCAGCGUGCUAAGCUUCUUAAGCGUGUUUCGAAUGAUUGCUCAAACAAAAAACUCUCCUUCAAGGAGUGUGAAGAGAUUGCUAAGGACCUGAAUUUAACAAUGGAGCAGGUGCUUCGUGUUUCUUAUGAUAAAAGAAAGCACGGUCUUGAUAGAGUUGAGAGAGUCCCUGAGCAAGGAGAGAGUCAGCCCUUAAAGAGUACACAUGCAUCGUCUUCAAAGAAAAGAAGAUUAUCAGGAGCACGGUCCUCAAAAAAUGGAUAUGAUGGUGAAGAUUUAGAAGAGAACUCAGGACCAUCCCGGGUGCCUGAUGUUGAUAAAGACCUGUUCAAUGAGGCACACGAUUCUUUCCCAGCAUCAAUAGAUAAUAGUUCUCAUUUAUGGACGGAUGUGAAUAGUGAUUGUAUGAGAGCUACUGAAGAGCCAGAAUCAAAUGAACAGAAUGAGGAUGAUUCAUGCAUUCACAGGCCUUCUUCAUCAAAGAUGAAUUCAAAGCACAAGAUGAAGUUUUCUUGGACCGAUAGUGCAGACAGGCAAUUAGUGAUUGAAUACGUCAAAUGUCGAGCAGCUCUUGGAGCAAGCUUUCACCGUGUUGACUGGUCCUCCCUCCGAAAUCUUCCUGCACCACCUGAUGCUUGCAAAAGGAGAAUGGCAUUGUUGAAAAGCUAUCCAGAAUUUAGAAAAGCUUUAAUGAGGCUCUCAAAUGUGCUCUGUGAGCGCUAUGUGAAUUACCUUAAGAAAUUUCAGCAUCAAUCAUUGAAUCAAACUGGCAGCACAAUGAUGAUUCUUCAUAAGAAUUCUUUUGCUGAGGAAUGCAAUAAACAUAUCAUGGAUAGGUCCAAUCAUACCACAGUAUCUCUUUUUGAUGAGGAGUGGGAUAAUUUUGAUGAUGACAGUGUAAAAGCGGCUCUUGAUGAUGCUCUACAACUUAAAAAGAAAGCUAAAUUGGUGGCCUCAAAAGAAGCAGAACCUCUUGAUGAUAAGUGUGCAAAGUUCCCUUGUGGCCAAGAUACUGAGAGUCUUGCUCAAAGGAGUAAAGUUUCUGGUUUAAAAUCAUGCUCCAAUCUAAUUGCUCAAAAGCUUGUUAAGCCUUUGAAUGGACGAAUCACUGUCAGUAAACAUGCUCAUGAAUCAGUAGCAAUCGCUAAUGCUCUAGAGCUGUUUAAGCUCAUCUUCCUCAACACUUCUAAAUCGCCAAUGGUUCCAAGUCUGUUAGCUGAAACUUUAAGGCGAUACUCUGAACAUGAUCUGUUUUCUGCCUUCAACUAUCUUAGAGAGAGGAAAAUUUUGAUUGGUGGCAAUGCCAAUAGUCCUUUUGUACUUUCUCAACACUUCUUGCAUUGCAUCUCUCUUUCUCCAUUUCCAAUAAACACCGGAAAAAGAGCUGCUAAAUUUGUCAGUUUGCUACGUGAAAGCGAAAAGGAACUGAUGGCUGAGGGGUUUGCUCCUCCUGUAGAUUUGGAGUGUGGUGAUGUUCUCCAUAUAUGUGCUUUGAUUGCUUCAGAAGAACUCUCAAUUACACCUUGCCUGCCUGAUGAAGGUGUCGGAGAGGCUGAGGAUUCUAGGGAUUCUUCUAAAAGAAAAACUACUCAUAGUGAGGUUGAUGAUGGGGGGCGGUCAAAGAAAUUGAGAACCACAUUUCCUAUUGAUGGUGAGAUCAUCUCCCGUAGAACUAAAGGUUUUCCAGGCAUCCAUUUACAGUUGAGACGCGCAACAAUUUCUAGACUUGAAGCUUUGGAAACAUUCAAAGAAGAGGCUAUGACUACCUCCAGCAUAUUAUCUGGAGACCAUCAAAUUGGUACGUUUUCAUGUAAUAUGUUAUCCAAGUCUGAUGGAGACCUCAGAGAUGAGACACCUCAUCAUUCUGCUUGUCUUUCCACUGAGUCGCCAUGGGAUGCCAUGAAAAGUUAUGCAAAACAUAUUUGGUCAUGUGGUUCUGAAUUAGAAGAAAAUAAUGUGUUGCUCCCUGAGCUGUUUAAGGCUGUUUACUCCGCCAUUCAGAAGGCUGGUGACCAAGGUUUGAGCAUGAAAGAGAUCUCCAUGAUUGCGAACUUGCAAGGGGAAAAGAUGACAGAACUUCUUGUCGGGGUUCUUGAGACAUUUGGAAGAGUUUUGAAGGUCAACGCAUUUGAUUCAAUUCAUGUGGUUGAUUCUUUAUACCGAUCAAAGUAUUUCCUAACCAAUUCCACAGCAGCUAUGUCCAUCUCUGAAAAUCCCACGCACACAAUUAAUGAGAACCCGUUGACUGGCAAUCAUGAAAGCAAUGGUGUUGACUUGCAUAAGGAAACUGCUGCAAAUCAUAGCGAGGUGCACAGAGUCACUAUUCUAAAUCUUCAUGAAGAGGUGCCUGAAGCUUUGACUGGAAUGGAAUCGGGUUUUCAAUCUGGAGGAGUUUUGAAUUUGGAAGUUAGUACUCCAACUAAAGACCAUGACCAUACCAUACUGGAAGGUCAUUCUGUUGGUUCCCAAACAUACCAACGUAUAUUACCUUGGAUAAAUGGUGAUGGAACUAUCAACGAAAUCGUAUACAAGGGACUUGUGCGGCGUGUUCUUGGGUUUGUGAUGCAAAAUCCAGCGAUACUUGAGGAUGAUAUUAUUAGCCAUCUCCAUGUUUUGAAUCCUCAGAGCUGCAGAAGUCUGCUGAAGUUGAUGGUUCUGGACAAUUACAUCAAGGUGCGCAAGAUGCACCAGAGAACAUCGGCACCACCCGCCAUUCUUGGUGGCCUUCUCAGCGGCGGCCAUUCCAAGAAGCCGAAGCUAGUUUUGCGCGAGCAUUUCUUCGCAAACCCUCUUAGCACCACGCUCCUGUGAUCGUACAUUUACAAAGAUUCAACAAUAGCAGCCUCUCCUCCUUUGUGGAAAAAGAUUUGGUGGGUGGCCAUGGGGGGGGUAUGUUUUCGCAGAUUUUACCCCUACUUGGUAGUUGAGAUCUAGUAAAAUCCCACAAAAGUAGAGUGUGCAGAGGAUAUGUGUACCUAAAUCUUAUUACCCCUAUUUGGAAGUAGAGUUUGUUUGGAAGAGUUCCAUGUCUGUAUGUACAUAUACAUAUGAAUCUAAGCGUCCAAGAAGUAAAUAGCAAAUGAGGACGACUUUUUGUACUCAAUAUAAUGCACUCUAAUCU